GUUAUAUAUAUAUAUUUCUGUCAUUUUGUAUACGUAAAGAUCUUAAUACUCUUUACUAGAAAAAAUGUAUAUAUCUCGUCGGCGGGAGUAACGUUCCCAUCAUACAGCAGAACUUCCUUUUCUGGUGGCGAUCGGUGAACAUGGCACCCACAAAACAAGUAAAAGGCACAGGGAGGGCCCAGUCUGGCAAGAGCAAAAAGAAGAAGACUACCCUGCGAUACAUGAUUGACUGUACUCACCCUGUUGAGGAUGGAAUCAUGGAUGUUGCAAACUUUGAGAAGUAUCUUCAUGAGCGUAUCAAGGUUGAAGGCAAGACUAACAACUUUGGCACUGCUGUAGCCCUUGAGCGUAACAAGAACAAGAUAACGCUUACAUCAGAGAUCCCCUUUUCUAAAAGGUAUCUCAAGUACUUGACAAAAAAGUACCUGAAAAAGAAUAACCUUCGUGACUGGCUGCGAGUGGUUGCUAGUACAAAGGAAGCCUUUGAGCUGCGUUACUUCCAGAUCAACCAAGACGAGGAAGAAGAAGAGGGUGACGAGUAAACGUUGCCAGAAUUUGUUUGGAAAUAAAAUUCUCUCUUCAGAA